CUAGCUUUUUCUAUACAAAAUGAAUAAAGAGAACUCGCUAUGACAAUACCAAAAAAACCAUCGUUGCCAAUUUUCUUAGUAGACUUCUUCACACCAUCAUAAAAAAAUGGAAGAAGAAGAAGUACUAAUCUACAAUCUCCCACAAGACACACUUCACAAAAUUUUCUCCACUUUACCAUUUCGUCAAAUCAUUUUCUGCCGAUCACUUUCAAAAUUCUUCAACCACCUACUCACCACUCCUUCUUUCCUCAACCUCAUCUCCUCCACUCCUCCACCACUCAACCUCCUCACUAUCCACCACAAAAAAUCCACCACCCUCCGUUUCUUCGAUCUUGACCUAAAUGAUUGGAUCCAUUUUCCCCUCAACUUUCUCCCUUUCUCUUCCCUUCUUCCAGUAGCUUCCUCUGAUGGACUCAUCUACCUUUGGGCAGAAGGUAUUAACAAUAGUCCAAUCUCCCAAACUCUAACCACGACAUCCCUCGUCUCUUGUAACCCACUAACACGCCAAUUCCGGAUCCAUCCUCCUUGUCCACCUGGUUUCGUUUUAGUUGACUCGGUAAACAGAAUCAUGAUUCUAACCGAAUUCGCCAUUUAUUAUUUCUCCGGUGAUAGCAACGAUAGCACACACGGAUGGCAAAAGCUCUCAUCCAACCUCCCUUCUAAACCACGGAGUCCAAUCCUCAUUGAGGAUUCGGCUUACGUGCUUUGCAACGUUGGUUCCCGUCAGAGGAGCGAAUGGAAACUCUUCUCGUGUUGCGUUACUUCGGCCAUAUCACACGUGACAUGGUCGCGGUUAACGCGCCCUGAGUGUGGAGUUGUUUUUGAUAUACUUAAGCGGCCACAAAUAGUCCGUGGUGUUGGAAACAAGAUCUUGAUUAUUGGUAGUUUGAAGUCUACGUUUAAGUUGAAUCCACCAUGUUCGACUAUUUUGAUUUUGAGGCUUGAUCUUGGAACGAUGGAGUGGGAAGAAGUUGGGAGGAUGCCGAUAGAGAUGUUUAGUUAUUUUCAAGAUGCCGGCGAGUUUAAGGUUUUUGGUGGUGGAGAUAGGGUUUUCUUCCCGGCGAAGAGGAUCGGAAAGUUGGCGUUGUGGGAUCGCAGUGAUUCGAAGGGAGAUGAGUGGCGGUGGAUUGAUAAUAUACCCGGGAAAGGUGACGGACUCUACCGGGGAUUCGUCUUUGAAGGGAGGUUUAAUGCAUUGCCUUAAGUAUAAUUAGACGGUGGUUAUGGUACUCUAAUUUAAAUUGUUUAUGCUUGUUUUUUGGAUAUAUUUUAAACAGAGAAAUUUUAUUUACAUGUGCAUAUUCAAUCAAGCAUCACUAUAUGUAUAUAUUUGUAGAGAUAAUGUAAGAACAAAAUGUUACAUUAUUGUGAAAUUUGAA